UUUUGCCAAGAUUAGAUUAUGUAUUGCGAAUUUCAAAAUAUAAUUAUUAUUUAAAAACAUUCCAAUAAGUUUUAAAGAGUGUUCCUUAAAAACCAGAGAUUAGUAGAUAUUACAUUUGACAUAUAUAAAUAUAACUUAUUAAUUACUGGGAGAUAUCGUAAAACACAAUAAUGAUAAAUAAAUACGCGCUUUCAUUAAGCAGCAGUACAUACAAGAAUCAUAUAUUUGAAGGGUUUUCCCGCUUGCAACAGGUUUAUUCUUCUUUAUUUAUUAUUCCUUAGUUUAAACGUUAAUCGAGUUUUUGAUUGAAUAGGAAUAGACAUUAAAUAAAACGUAUAGACAUUUAUUUUCACCACACCUGGUAAAGACCCUCUUGAUUAGGGUUGCCAACCUAAAUGUACAGUUUUGCGGUAAAUUUGUGAUCAAUUUGCGGGACCUGGGUAUACAAUGCGGGACUCCUUCACCCGGCCUAACUGGGAAAUGGUAUACCUAUUUGCUGUCAACGUAUUGAAAGGCAUGAAAAAUUCAACCAAGAAUGAUGAGUUUGUUGAUAUGACUUUGGCAGCUGAAGGGCAUUGGGUAAAAGUCCACCGGACGCUUGUAGCCCUUGCAAGCCCAUACUUCAGAGAAUUGCUUCAGAGUAUGCCCUGUCAGCACCCUGUCAUGUAUCUGUAUGGUGUCAGUCAUGAAGCAUUGGGGUUUAUUUUGGAGUAUAUUUAUACAGGUCAAGUCGAAAUACCUGCUGAAAAAGUACAAUCAUUUCUACACAUAGCUAGAGAUAUGCAGAUUGCAGGCUUGAAGAAUGUUGCACCACCUGAUGACAAUGAAGCACCAAGACAAGAAAAUAAUAGUAAACAUGUUUACUUCAAUGCUAGGCCAUUCUCUGCUGCAGAAAUGUAUGCAACAAGAAACAAUGAAAACAACACCAAGUUUCAAUUAAAGGCUCCCUCCAUUGUUAUACCUGAAACUAGAAAUGAGAAUGAAGGAAAUAAAUCAUUGUUCUUUAUGAAAAGUACACCAAUUUCAUUUGAGGAAAGUAAUGUAUUUCAAGAUACUGGAAAUAUAAAUGUGUCUAGUGAGACAAUUCGUUUAAAUUUGGCUGAAUUUGCAGCAACCAAUAAUGAAAUGAAUCAAAUGCUCAUACCAAUUCAAGAUUCCAGUAAUAUAAAUAUGCCUAGUGACACAGCAACCGAUACUGAUGUGAAUGAAAAGCCGCAAAGUAAUAAAUUACAAAAUAUCAGAAAUAUAACUGCACCCAACAAAAUGAUCAAUAUAACUGUGGAUGAAUCAGCAGUCACAAAUGAUGAUGCUAACAAAGAUUUUAGAAGUAAUGUAUUACCAAAUGUCAGAAAUAUAACUGCACAUAACAAGAUGAUCAAUAUAACUUUGGAUGAACCUGUGAAAACCAACAAUGAUAUUAACCAAGAGUUAAAAAGUAAUGAUUUUCCUAAUAUCAGAAAUAUAGACACAUCUGGCAUCAAUAUGAGAUUGGAUGAAUCUGCAGCAACCUUUGAAAAUAUUGACAAAGCACAAAAAAGUAAUGAGGUCCAAAAUAUCAGUAACAUAAAUGUACCAGGUAAAAGAAUCAAUAUAACUCUGAAUGAAUCUGCAAGCAAUGAUAAUCUUAGCCAAAAGCCCGUUGCUAAAAUUGAAAUACUUAGCUCUACAAAUGAAAGCAAAUGUAGCAAUGCAGGUGUGAACUUGACAGGACAAGGGCAGUUGCCACAGUUAUAUGUCCAAGCCUUAGCAAAUAUCAACAAUGAGAAAACAUCAAAUCAUCAUGAAACUAAGACACAAAGUGUUAAGUGUGCCAGUAGAAGCUUAAUGGACAUCAGUCAAUUAUUAAAUUUUAGAGAUGAUGUUCCCAUGGAUGAGGAUAAUCAAUCAGAUUUGUUGGAGACACCAGCUUCAAGCAGAAAUAUCGAAGAGAUGGGCUAUUUAAGUAAUAAAGAAGAAAAUGAUGAAAUGGCUGAACAAAUUAUAGAUACAGAUUCAGUACUAUACACGGCAUCAAAUCGGGGCGCGUUGCAGUUAAUACUGAACCGUUUUAUGUACUACUGCCACUACCAGCGAGACAACGGCCGCAAAAGGCGGUGGCGGUGUAUAGAAUACAGAGAUAAAAAAUGUCUCGCUGCGAUUGACACAAAUGACGAACAGGUUGUGGCAAGAAAGCACAAACAUUGCCAUCCUAAUCACGACGAAAAAAUCAGAAAAAAAAUGAUACGAAAUGAUGUGAAAAUUUUUGCGACUAUACAGAUGGCGCAAGAUAUAAGGAAACAAAAAAGUAAGACUUAGUAACUUUUUACCCUCUCGGAAGAAGUGUUCUAGUAAGAAAUCUGGUCAUCAUGGAACUGAAACAUAAAUAAAUGCUGUCAAAUUUCUUGUUUUAUAUUAUCGAACCAAAUAAGAACUUUUUACCCUCGCGGAAGAAGUGUUCUAGUAAGAAAUCUGGUCAUCAUGGAACUGAAACAUAAAUAAAUGCUGUCAAAUUUC